AAAAACGCAAAGCAGAAGCUGACAGAAUUAGACAAAAAUAUCCCGAUAGAAUUCCAGUCAUUUGUGAAAAGGUUGAAAAAUCUGAUAUUGCUACAAUUGAUAAAAAGAAAUAUUUAGUUCCUGCAGAUUUAACAGUUGGGCAAUUUGUUUAUGUUAUCCGUAAACGUAUUAAAUUGAGUCCUGAAAAGGCUAUCUUUAUAUUCGUUGAUGAAGUUCUUCCACCAACAGCAGCGUUAAUGUCAAGUAUUUAUGAAGAACAUAAAGAUGACGAUGGAUUUUUAUAUAUAACAUAUUCUGGAGAAAAUACAUUUGGGAUUUUACAAUGA